GAAUGGUCAGAGUAGCACCAUCACCAAGCGACAGGAACGAGUAGGUCAGGGGACCUAUCGCGAAUCUAAAGUCAUGUCCUGCUGGGGAGUCCUUUCAAGGUAUCCAUGGAGACGUAGUGAGGCGACGCCGACUGACGAGCCGAAUGAGACGGGACGACCGAGUCGCUCGUCUCCCUGGACUACACCCUCACAAUCAUACGAGUUUUGCCUCAUAAAGCUCACACUGUGGCCACUCUUCAGCCUCUUUCUCCACUUGACCUUAUUACUCUCACUUCUUGUAUCCUCAUCUUUGACCAUUCCACAGGAUCACCAGCCGGUCUAGGUUGAUUCUUCUGGCGCAGAAACGUCCUGGCGACGAUUUUCUGUCCUCAACUUCGGACUGCACUUCAUUGGCAAGAGACUGGUAUGUCCUCCUUCGUCCGGUACAGCACGGCAAUUGCCCUGACCAUUAACACACCAAUAGCCUCCAGCAGACCACAAUCCACUUACACCUGCCCAUACACGGACUCAAAAAAUCACAUGAUGAAGACCUCAGUGCUGUUUCUACUGUCCAGUGUGCUCCUCCUGAGCCCCGGCAUGGGCCUGGCGAGCCCCGCUCGUCGAGGUCUCAUGCCUCUUGACUGGAGUCGUCAUCCCGCUAGGGAUCUCCAAUGGGCUUCACAUGAAGCAUCAGAGCGUAAACGGCACUUCCGCGGUGAUCGGCCCCGUCAGUUCGGCGGUGGGCGAUUCGGAGGUGGAAACAAUGGUCAGAACAAUGGUCAGAACAACGGUCAGAACAACGGUCAGAAUGGUCAGAACAACGGUCAGCAGAACAACGGUCAGCAGAACGACAAUGGUCAGCAGAACAACAACGGUCAGAACAAUGGUCAGAACAAUGGUCAGAGUCAGAACAAUGGCCAAGACAAUGGUCAGAACAACAACAACGCCCAGAAUAACAACGGUCAGAACAACAAUGGUCAGAACAAUAACAACAGGGGUGCUGCUGCUGCAGCUCCCGUAGCUGCCAAUGAGAAUGGUCAACCUGGUCCGGCGGUCCCUCAACUAGUCAACAACGGAGGGCAGACACUCGACCCUAAACUUAUCCUGACGACUCAAGCGAAUGGGAAUGCGACCGCUGGUCAAGCCGCUUCGGCUACAACAGACAACAAUUACAUCGAUUUCUGCGAAGGGAAGACGCUGACAAACGGCAAACAAGUGACGGGUGGCAGCUGCGCCGUCACGCCUAUCGGAGAUAUCCCCUCGACACAGAACAUGGUGUCUACAAUGUUCACUGAACCUGCCAACAACGGACAAGUCAAAGCUGGUCAGACAUUCACCAUCAAACUGGCUGUCCAAGGCAUGACUCUUGGCUCAUUCACCGAUGCCAAGCAGAACUACUAUGCCGGUCCCCAACAGCUAGACGGAAGCGGCAAGAUUGUCGGUCACGCACACGUCGUCGUGCAAAAGAUGGAAUCCAUCACAUCCCCCAAAUUGCUCAAUCCUCAAGAGUUUGACUUUUUCAAAGGCUUCGACUUUGGAGAUGUGAAUGGCAUUUCAUCUAUCGAUGUCGUCGGCGGACUUCAACAGGGAGCCUACAGGAUCUGUACCAUCAUGUCCAACUCGAAUCACGCUUCUGUCAUUCUCCCCGUUGCUCAACGCGGGGCCGAGAACACGUGCUCCUACUUCACCGCUCAGUAGCAGGGGAAAAGUUUUCUUUAGAGUCCCUCGCCUGCCCAACGACUCAUGCUCCGCGAGCGGUUCGGGGCAAGGGGCUUUUGU